AUGUCCGUAGAAGCCGUGGACAGCGUUGGGGCGGCAUGCAAGCUCUACGACAUCCCCGAGGCCGCCGCCAAUGUAGCACAAAAUUCCAAGAAGCUCCCUGCUUCCCCCUUCGACGAGAACGCGGAUCGGGGCUUUCUAGGCCACAUCUAUCAACGAUGGCAGGACCAUUUGCUGCUCAAGCGCAUCUCAAACUUCGAGACCAUCGAGCUGAAGACGUUUGUCGGGCAGAAGCUCUUUAAAAUUGACGGCAUCCUUUGCGAUGAGCGUUCUAGAACAGCCCUUUUGGAGAAGUUGCUGCUCGACCCCGGGAUUCUCAGUUGUGACCUUCAGCGCGAGGAAAUGGUGAAAAAGCAUGGUGAACGUAUGGUUUCCUGGUUACAAGAUCGCCUUCUCGCCUCUCUGGGCAACUGGGAUGAACUGUUGAACAUGGCGGCCGAAGAUUUUCAAGAGUUCCGCUUGCGUGACCCGUUAUGCAACUGGUAUCGCAGUUCCCCGGAAACCACCCUGCUGACCGUUCAACGGAUCCAGACGCUCUCGGAGAGGAUCUAUGAAAAGGUGCGCUGGAGUCUUCUAAUUGAACCCGGAAAGCUAACGUGCCAUCUGAUGGACUUCAUCUCGGAAUUCAACCGCCUGGACACCUUCUUCGCUAACAAUGAGCUGACGCCAGAAGAGGCCGACCAGUCGGCCUUCAACCAAAACCAUUUGACGAAGGCCAGAAGUUCUUUGGUUCCUUGCUCGGAGAUGAGCCGCGUCCGGCUGCGCCCUCUUCUCGAUCAAAACGGCGAGAUCUGUUGGGAAGACCCGCGAUUCCGGCGAAGCCGUAUUGUGCAGCAACUCUUCAACAGUGACCAAGUUCCUGAAGUGGCCAGCGAUGAUCGCUCUUAUGGCACCACCGACUUUAUCCAUGCGAACUACGUCCGCGGUGGACCGCUGCGCAACACCUUCAUCUGCACGCAAGCUCCCUUAGCCGCCACCCAGGAGGACUUUUGGCGCAUGGUUUAUCAGGAGAAAAGUGCCCUGAUAUUCAUGUUGUGUGCUGCGGUCGAGGAAUCAUCGCUGGGCCGGAUGGCAAAUGGAAGGGAAUUCUGCCCCUAUUACUGGCCCCGCUUCGAGAAUCAAGAGCUGAUGUUCGGGAAUCUGAUUGUGCGCAACUGCGGCAUCGACAGCGCCAAGGACCCUCUCUUCACAGUGACAUAUCUGGAGGUCUGGCGUGUCGAUGACGCUCGUCGAGAAGAGGUGCUAGCCCUCGAGCAUUGGCAAUGGGACUGGACGACACAAGUUGACACUCAUUGGCCCUUCCGUGUUCUACGACGCUCUCGUACCAGCCCUACCCCGACGAUCGUCCACUGCAUGGACGGAGCUGGCCGGACUGGGGCUUUGAUUACGUUGGAGGUCGUGCUGAUGCACUUGCUUUCUGGUUUUGCCUACGAAGCCAACCCGGUGCUAAUGGCUGCCGUAUUUGUGCGCCUUCAACGACGUGGCUCAAUAGCGACCCCGUUAUUAUACCUUUGGGUAUACCGCUGCUUGCUGCACUGGAUCUCGCCAUUCGUGACUGGAUGGCGUGCCCGACUAUCGCUUGGCCUCGUCUUUCGCUCUACGGGUUUCAUCUCAAAGUACAAUGAUUACUUGCGCGAUCACACUCAUUUGCCUGUGCCUUUU